AUGUCGUUCUGGCCGUUCUCCAAUGGCCUCAACAACAACACCCAGCUCCAGAAGUUCUUGGACUCCGUGCAAGACUUCUCGACCGUAACGGUCGACGACCUCGUCGGCGACCCCACUUUGGCAGAGGAGCUCCUCAACGAGUUCCACAACAUCAAGGGCAACUUCAAUAACAAGCAGACCAGCUUCCAGUUUCUGCAGAGCCUCGACACCGCCACUGCCGCCAAUGGCUCGGCCAACUCGGACGUGGUAUCGCUAGCGUCCUCCACUAACGAGAACACCACCACCAAGGAUGGCAGAGGCGUCAAGUUGUUGGAGCUCUUGCUCCAGCCCCACAUCCUCAAUGGCUUCCUCGACUACCUCGUCAGCAGCGUUGACUUUUUCUACGAGCAGGGCCUCAAGGACGAAGAAGCGUUGCAGAAGUUGAUCCGUGAGCUGGAAGACAAAGUAGACUCCAAUCUCGACAACCAGAUCGAAAUCGAAGAGGACGAACAUGAAAACCCCCCCGCCACAGAGUCAGAAAUCGAUGGGGAAUCGGAUCCUAAAGCAGAAGUAGAAAGCAAGGACGACAAAAUACGCAGAUGCAUCCAAACUUCCUCAGACAUAUUAUCAAUUGAUCUCUGGAUCAUACUGAACAGAAUCAUCGAAACCCCCAUCAUAAUGUCCAAACUAUGGCUGAUCUUGUUCUUGCCUAACCUCAAGGAAAGCUCCCCCUCUGUGUCGUACUUGAUUCAUAUCUUGGAUCAAUUGAUGGACACCAACAGCAUUGAACUUCUAAAUUUCAUCAGAAGACAACCAAACUUGGUUGACACUUUUCUUGCUAAAAUAGAGAUUCCUAUGUUGAUGGAUUUCUUUCUUCGCAUAAUUCAAACUGACAAGCCUGACUCUCCAACCGGUAUUUUGGAGACUUUGUCCCUGCAAAAUUUGAUUCCCAAGUUAAUUGAAAUCUUGAAACCGGAUCCCAGCCAGUUUGAGUCUGAACUGGAUGAUACGUUUGCAUCUGAAAACGAAAAUAGAAAAAUACCCAACCAUGAAUUGUUUUUCAAACAAACAGCUGCCACAGAUUUCAUAAAGGCUUUGAUCACUAUUUCAUCGAAUACAGCAUUGGCAGUUGUUUUGGAAACUAAUAUAGGUCCAAACCAAUUGACUAGAGAGUUGGUUUCCCCAAAAAUUAUAACGACCAUGAUUCGUGAUAUCAUGUUAUACAAGGGUCCAGAGACUAGUUAUGGCUACCAAUCCAACAAACACGGGAUCAACAAUUGUGUGGGUAUUAUUAUAGAGCUUAUCAGAAAAAACAAUUCUGACUACGAUUUGAACUGUGGCUCCUACAGCUCAAUGUUGAACAACGCCGACAACGGAACAGGAGAAAUCAACUCGUAUAUUAUGUUUCAAUGGUUGAAGGAUUUCGAACAGAACCCACCAAGCCCUAGAGAUCCAAUCAACUUAGGUGAAAUGUUGCGUAUCUUCUCGGACCACUUGGUCAGUUUAGCAGGAUUAGUGACUAUGGAGGUAUCCUCGAAAGAGAAGCUCGGAUUCACUAAAUUCAAGAUAUCUGAGUUAAUUGCAGAGUUGUUGCAUUGCUCAAAUAUGAUCUUGCUCAAUUCAAAAAAAAUUAAAUCUAUUAUCAAAAUCAGAGACCAUAUUAGAUCUCAACAAAAUAAGAGACUAAAGAAUGCUCUCAAUGAGUCCAUAAUCUUUGAGUCGUCUGGUGAUUUGUCCGUGAAUGAUGUGACAAACGGAUUGGAUGAUGUAUCGUUAGAUGAUAUACAUUUUGAGGACGGAGAUGAGGAUUACUCAAAGGUAUUGGAAGCAUUGAAAACUGAUCAUUAUGAGGAUGACUCAGAAGAUGAAGAGCCUACAAUUUCACCCGAAAAUCCAUUUGUUUGCGAAAAGAGAGAUCAGGCCAUUAGAGGAAAUCCAUGUAUCGGUGAUUAUUUCAAGAUAAAGUUGAUUGACCUGGGUCUUUUACUUGAUAUAAUUCUCAAGUUCACCAAAUUUCCAUGGCACAACUUUUUUCAUAACGUGGUGUUUGAUUUGAUUCAGCAAAUUUUCAAUGGAAAAUUGAAUUCUUAUAACUCAUUCUUGAUUGUUGAACUCUUCAAACCUGAAAAAUGUGACUUGACAGAACUAAUUGUUAGCUCAUACAAAACAGAUGAAAGUCCUAGGCCUGGGUAUAUGGGACAUAUAAUAUUGAUUAGUGAGGAGGUGGUUAAAUUCACAUCUUUAUACAAACCAGAUCUAAUUUCCCCAAUUAUAGUCAAGGCAAUUCUGUCAGACAAUUGGGAGUGGUUUGUUAACGAUAUAUUGCUCAAAACCAGAGAGACAUAUAACGUGGUAUUGGGUGCUGAACCAGAGGAUGGUGAACAAGACGAAGACCCUAAGGAACUGGAGCAUGAAAGAGACUACGGUUUCGACUCUUCUACAGUUGGGUACCUCGAUCUUGACUCGUAUGAAAAUGAUGCUGACGACACUGAUACGCCUCUGAAUGACAAGAACACCAUAAUUUUAGGCGAUAAAUCCAACCAUUAUUUAUUUAUCAACGACCAUGGGAACAACAAAGGAGACGGUGAUGACGAGGACGAUCAUAUGGAGGAGAUUCAUAUGCCCGACGUGAGGGUCCAGAACAUGUCUCCAAGUGGAAACCUAAGCUCCAACUUAGACGAAGACGAAGAGGAUGAGGAUCAGGAUGAAUUUCAAGAUAGUUAUCAAGAUAACGAAUUUUUGGAUAAUCUAUCAGGGUCCAGCUCGUCUGAUGAGGAGGCCGAUCUGAACGAGUUGAGAAGGGUUCCAAAGCAUAACGACUAA